AUGCCGGCUCACGCUUAUCCCAACAGCUAUGGCAGUAUGGACAUCAACAGCGCCGCCCGACGGAAGAAUGCCACCCGCGAGAACACGAACACCCUGAAGGCUUGGCUGUACGAGCAUCGAAAAAACCCGUACCCGACCAAAGGGGAGAAGAUUAUGCUGGCGAUCAUAACCAAGAUGACGCUCACACAGGUUUCCACCUGGUUCGCCAACGCCCGGCGACGUCUGAAGAAAGAAAACAAAAUGACUUGGUCACCCAGGAAUAAACCGGGAGGCAACGGCGACGACGACGAUGAUGAUGAAGAUGACAGCAAAGAUAAGGCGGAGAGUGAUGAGGAAAGCGCCAGAGGGAAAUCGCCAAAAGAUGAAAAGAAAAGCUGCGACAGAG